GCUGGAGGGAGUCUGCACUUGUGCUGAAGGCACAAGCGACUACAGUGACGGGGCCAGGAAGGUCUUGGGGACUUGGGAGUUUGGAAGAGACGCCUCUGGUUUACAUAGGGAAGUGGGGUGAGAGGGAAUGGAACACUGAAGGAAGAGCCUUGGGAGCUACCUGGGGAGUUGGGGCGGGGUUGUAUCUGGGAGGGACCUUGGGGAGGGAGGAGGUGCGAAGUGAGAGGGACGCUCAGGUGGCCCAUUGAACUAGCCUUUUGGCACUGGCUGGCCACUGGGCGGAAGAGAAAAGUCCAGGACAAAGCCCUCUGGGAGAUUGGGUCCCAGAGGAGAAGCUCAGUGUGGGACACCGAACACUGAGGUCAAGACCACUGCCCCACCUCGGGGACGAAUUGAGGCUGGCGACCAGGAUUUAAGGAUUAUUAGAGAUGUCUGACUCCCUGGUGGUGUGUGAAGUGGACCCGGAGCUAAAGGAAACAUUGAGGAAAUUCCGUUUCCGAAAAGAGACCAACAAUGCCGCCAUCAUAAUGAAAGUGGACAAAGACCGGCAGAUGGUGGUGCUGGAGGACGAGUUCCAGAACGUCUCCCCAGAGGAACUUAAGUUGGAGUUGCCAGAGAGACAGCCCAGGUUUGUGGUCUACAGCUACAAGUACGUGCAUGAAGAUGGCAGGGUGUCCUACCCUUUGUGCUUCAUCUUCUCCAGCCCUGUGGGCUGCAAGCCUGAACAACAGAUGAUGUACGCGGGAAGUAAAAACAGGCUGGUGCAGACUGCGGAGCUUACCAAGGUGUUUGAAAUUCGCACCACAGACGACCUCACCGAGACCUGGCUUAAGGAGAAGUUAGCUUUCUUUCGUUGACCUUUGAGCAAGGGAUUUGGAAUCCUGACUUCUGAAGACUUAGACUGUUAGGAUAUGAACAUCCAAAAGCUAAAUAAAGGUUAAAAUUUCAGGAA